ACAAUACGUUUUCUGUGUGAAUAAAAUUAAUAAGUUAUUUAUAAAAAGAACAUUGCACACAUCUAUGGCAACCGCUUGUUCAACAUUCUUCGGGGAAUGGGGAAUGGAAACUUUCCCGUUCUACUCUGUUCCCACUUUGUUUUGAAGACACAAUGAUAACCAGAUAGACAGAGAAAUAGGUAGACAAUGUGUUAAGUAUUUUAUGGUCAUGUUUUCUUUGCUCAGUCAAGGAUACGGGACGUAUGACGGGAGAGCAAAGAAAGACUCACGCCAAGAAAUCCACGACCACAAGGACUACUUCUCAUUAGAUGGUCUUCAUCUGCCACCCAUUGAAUCAAACUAUCAGCCACAAGCCGAAAGAGAUGUUUUUGACUACCAGCCUGGACCAAGGUAUGAAAACAAACCCUUUAAACUGCCUAAAGUGGACAACACGAAGCAGAGUCGUAUUAAUGUACCAAAAACCUACACAACAAGGAAAGGUGCAUUGCUUCUGUACGCAGAGGACUUUUUCUUGCCAGGCUCUCCAAAACCCAAAAAGCGUCGUCGGAAACCAAGGAAGCAGCCUUCAGUAAAGAUUAAGACAAUUGGUGAUUUAAGAAACUACAUACUGGAUUACAGGAAUGGGGGGGAUCCUCUCUUUCUUGCAUUGCUUCAGAAGCGGUUGAGUGGUUAUAAAGACCAGUCUGUGAGACCAGGCUUUUCACCCAAACGUUACAUUGCCACUCUUGGAAAUUCAUUGGAAGAAGACACUUGGAAACGACUAGCUGCAGCAGGAUCUCUUAAGGAUCCAGCAUUACUGACAUUUGACCCCAAAGGGGAUCCAUUGCACAGGGGUGAUGCAGUAUGUAGUCUCUUUCCUCAUAAACCUCAACCAUACAGUACAAUGUCACUACCUCCAUUUUCUCCAUCAAGCUCAAUGUUUGAAAGCUCUUUUCAUUUCUACAAGAAUGGGAUGUCAACUGGAGCUGCAUCAAUGAUCUCUUUGAAUAGCGAAAGUGAAGAAUAUGCCCCAUCUUCAAGAGCUCUUAGUCCAGAAGAACCAUUGAGUAAUCGUCUUUCUGAAGUUGAGUUGCUACCACAAAGAAAGGACCCCUAUAGCCAGUUAAGUGCCAAACAGAAAGAAGAUCUGUUAUCUCAACUUCUUCUUCAAAAGACUCUAGAAUCUAUUAAUUCUGAUCUGUCAGACCUUCAGGGAUGGGUGACUAACUACCCAGACAAUGGCAGAGGAGUUCAACCAGAUCCUGCUCCUGUAGUGACUUUGCCAAAAAGUAAAGCAAAACAUCGAGGAAGCCUGAAAUCAGGUUCUUUGACAUCAAUACCACGUUUACCUCCCAUACAGUCUGCAGGUGCACGACCAUCAACACCUGAGGAAUUGGACGAAGAGCCAAAAAGAAAAGAGUCAAGCGAAGUAACAGUACAUCAACAAAGGGAAGUAAAGUCUGGCACAGAAGAACGAACUGAUGACAUUCUUGAUCCUGGUUCUAUACAGGUGGAUUUAAGCUCUUUAGAUGAAAGUUCUUUCUUACUUGACAAUCAAAGGGAACCACAAGGUGGUGAAGAUAUAGUCCUUGUAAAUUCAGAAAAAACUGCUAGUAAGGCUACCGAUGAUCAUACUGAAUAUGAAGGUCAAACAGAAAGUGCAAGUCAAUCUAUCAUGAUUGAGAAAAGCAAAGAAGGAACUGAACAUUUGCAUGGCAUUCAAGGAGAUGCAGUGGUGGACAACGGCAUGUCCUCUGGCAGUGAAGAGAUGUUAACAGAACAAAGCACAGUCAACAAGGAUCAAGUUGUUGGCCUUGAUGACAUCAUCUUAAGUGAGGAACCUGUAUUGCAGGAAGAUGAACAGCACAGAAAUCAAGUUGAGGAGAUGAAAGGUAUAGAAGAAACAACUGACAUGGAAGAAGAAAGAACUGCUCAAAAUUACAGUGAGUUGCAGAAGCAGCUGAAAGAAGCUGAAUUAGAUCGUACAGGAACACAAGUUGAUGAUGAAGAUGAAGGAAUUGGUCUUGAUAGAAAUGACCUUGAUGAUAUUAAUAGAAGAGAAGAGCUGCAGGAGGAAUUAUAUCCAGCUACUGAUACUGCUGACAGGACAGCCAUCAGAGAGGAAGGUUCCCAAUCUGCUCAGGAGGCGAUAUCAUCCCAGCAGGUUGAGCCUCCUCCUCCCAUAAGCUUAGAAGAUCUACAGGGUGAGGCACGUAUUGUGGCUAACAGAGUUCUUAGCCGUCCACAGUCAGGAAUGGUAUUUAUGGAAGAUGUAAAGAGUGCUAUUGCAAUGUGGGCUGAUCGCUUAACAAACCUUCUAGGACCCCCUAAAAAAGAUGCACGUGUAAGUUCUGCCAGCCAUCAAAGACCACAGUUAACAGGCUUGCAGGCUGCUCAAGGAGGGUCAAAUCGCCAUACACGGCAUCGCAAAGUAAGCCGAUCAGCGGGUCCUUCACCAGCGGCUCUAAGGAAAGCUUUGAAGAUUUCUGGAGGUGAGUGAAGUAAUAUUGUACAUUAAAUAUAAGAGACAUAACAUUUGUUACUAAUCAGACAAAGAUUGAAUGUACAAAGCACAUCAAAUUCAAGGCGAUUAGAAAUGCAUUGCAACACUGUACCAUAUUUUAUUAUUAUACUACAUGGCUGUUA